AUGGAGAUGGUUCGAGGUUUGAAUGGAGAUGAUUGGGGUAUUAAAUUUUUUUAAAUUAAAGAUGACGAAAAUGAUAAGAAGAAUAAAUAAGAAUAAAAUAAAAAUAAUAAAGAAUAAUAAGAAAAGAUGAAAUAAAAUGUUGAGAAAGCAAUAUAAGAAGUAUAAAAGUAGGUUUAAUUUAAUGAAACAUAAUGA